AUGCCAGUUAAUCGUCGAAGGAGAUCAGGCUCAAAGUUCGUCGAUGUUAACGAAGAAUCCCCUAUUGUCAAGCAAGUGCCUUUUGACGUCCUUAAGGGUCAUGGUUCAGACUUAAAUAGGGUUAAUUAUCAUGGCAGUGAUUCGAGUCUUAAUUCGAUGUCAGAUGAUGUAAAAAAUCUUAGUUUAAAGGAGGAGCAAAGGUCUGAAUUACUAGGAAAGAGCAUGUUGCCUAUAGUCCAUGUUGUUGUCCCAGAGCUACCUAAGGUUGAACUGAGUUAUUUCGAUGGAGAGCCAAGAGGUUACUGGAAGUUUAUAAAGCAAUUCGAGACGUAUGUAGCCUCAAGAGUCACGGAUGAUAGCCAGCGCUUACUCUAUUUGAUACACUACUGUAAGGGCAAGGCUAAAACAGCUAUUGAAGGUUGCGUCAUGAUGGAGGCAUCCUCUGGCUAUAAAAGAGCAAGGGAGAUUUUAAAACGUUUUUUCGGACAGCCUCACGUAAUUGCUCGAGAAACACUAGAGGACUUAUUCAGUGCUGUGAAUUUUGAAAAUAUUGACGGGGACCAACUAUUAAACUUGGUUAUUAAAAUGGAAAACUGUGCCAUGGUCUUGAAACAGAUGAAUUAUACUUCUGAUCUAAAUUCCUUAGUUACCUUGGAAAGAAUAGUGAGACUCUUGCCUCAACCUAUGCAAGCCCAGUGGGCGGACUGGGUGGAUAAAUUGACUGAAGAUAACAGGGAACCGACCUUCGACGAGCUCACUCAGUUUAUCGCAUCGCGUGCGAGAGUGGCUUGUAGUAGAUUUGGACGGUUAGCAAACCGUUCUAGAAAAGGACAUAACGUAAAGACGAACUGUCACGUGCAAUCAGAGCAAGGGAAUAGUUCGACAAUGAAAACUAAAUGUAGUAUGUGUUCCUACGACCAUGCCAUUGAUAAAUGUCCACAGUUCUUAGCGCUUACAGUUCAAGACCGAUGGUCUCACGCUAAAAGCAAGGGUAUCUGUUUCAUCUGUCUUAGACAAGGACAUAAGGUUAAUGAAUGUAAGAUGACAAGGCUCUGUAAAGUUGACAGUUGCGAGAGGAGACAUCACGCUGUGCUGCACACUGACUCGACAAGCAACGUCGUAAAUGAUAAGCCAUCAUGCCCGGAAUAUAGAAAAAGAGUUGUUAAUCAUACCAGUAAGAUACAGACAUUAGAGAACGAAAUACGUAAGCCUUAUGACGUAGAGUUUUCAGAUGCUUAUUCAAGUGAUAAAUCAUUAUCAGUAGAUGACAAGGUGGCUAUAAAGAUUGUGGAAGGUGGCACGCGCUUCGGCGACGGUCAUUUUGUAGUUUCUAUACCUUGGAAAAAGAUUCCAGAUAUGAAAGUGAAUAAUUAUGAAGUACCAAACCGUAGAUUACAAAGUUUGAAGGGUAUGUUGUCGAGGGAUGUCAGUCUGCACAUCAAGUAUAUCAAAAGUACUGAAAGUGAUUUUACUAAGACUUAUGCAGAGAGGGUCUUUGAAAUAUAUCUGCAGUCUUAUUAUCAUCCUCGAUGGUAUUUACCUCAUCGUGCAGUAUUAAACAUGAAAAAACCAGAUCUUAGAGUGGUCCUUGAUUGUGCCGCCCAGUUUGCAGGGGUUCCCCCAAAUGAUAUGAUUUAUCAAGAACCCGAUACCACUGCUGAGUUAAGGUGUAUAUUAAUAAGUUUUCGCAAGGAGGCAGUUGCAAUCCCUGUAGAUGUUGAAGAAAUGUUCAUGCAAGUGAAUGUCCCUGAGUCUGAUCGAGGAGCUUCAAGAUUUCUGUGGUGGCAGGAGGGGGACAUGUCGAGAGAACCGUCUGAGUUUCAAAUGACAACUCAUGCAUUUGGUGCCACAUCGUCGCCCUUUCGUGCGAACCUUGCCUUGAAUAAGACGGCCCAAAUAUUCUCUGACGAUUAUGAUAGUUAUGUCGUAGAUACUGUCAAGAAUAAUUUCCAUGUUGAUGAUUGCUUGAUAUCUAUUCCCACUUGUGAUCAGGCAAAGAGUUGCGUUAAGCAUAUAAGUGGAUUAUUAUGUAGAGGAAGUAUACAAAAAAUGACCGAUCUUGAAUCAUGGUUCAAAUGUCCUACUCUAUUGCAUGGCGAAUUUUAUAUAACAAUCACUGACUGUCCGGAACCUACUCUUGACGAUAUUGAGUUUAGAAAAACUGCUGUGGUUAACUUGAGUAGUAUAAAGUACAACAAGACACCUGUUCUCUUUUAUUAUUCCGAGUGGUUGAAAUUAGUCAGAGCUGUAACCUGGUUUAAAGGGUUUAUCGAAUUCCUGAUGGUACUUCGUUUGCCGAGUUGUGAAGGAUCCGUUCAUCUAGGAUGUUUAAAGGUCAAAGAGCUUGAGAUUGUCAAGCGUAAGAUUUUAUUGAUGGUUCAGAGAGAAGUGUAUGGAGAAUUACUUAGUGAAUUUAAGAACAGCAGUAAAGUAGUAAGCCAUGAUGAUCUGAAAGGUUUAUCGUUGAUGAUGCUUGAUGGGUUACUCUGCGUUGGAGGUCGACUAAGAUACUCAGAUUUCCCAGAUGCUUUUAAACAUCCAGUAA